UACCAAACAACACUUUUCUCCUGAACUCCUCCCUUCUGCUUUUGCCCUCCCUCGAUUUUUACCUCGCCCUCCUCUGGUCUAGCUUGUCUCUGCUUUUUAUUUAGCCAGCUACCAAGUUGCGACAUUUCACUUCACGCCGCUUCAUCGUUUUGUUUCCCCGCAUAAUAUUUUGGGAUAAAUGCACGASGUAUCGUUUUUUAAACUGUUAUAUAUGUAAGUGAUUCGAUUUUUCCAGCACUAUUAACAUUCGCUCUAAGUAUGGCGUAUUCAGAAUUGGUAAAAUAAUUAUCUUAUCGUGACAUGAACAUUUAUUUAGCAUGCUGUAAUAAGUAAGAAGACAACGUGUUGAAGACAGGAUUAGGCUAUUUAUCAGACCUACCGAGCGUGCACAGACAGGUUUUUACGGAAAGGGCAGCCACAUGAAGAGGUCAAUGAAGAGGAUGACGAAGACGGAAGGAUAAACGACAAGAGACAGCCAGGGAAGGAAGAAACGUGGAGAAGGAGGGAUGAGAAAGAGACUAAAAUAAGAGGAGGAAGUGGAACUCCAAAGUGCCUAAGAAGACUGUGAGUGGGUGCCUGACGUUCUGGUUCGGUCCAGUGCUGAUAGUGCUGUGGGAGUUUGGCUGGCUGGUGGCCUGCUGCCGCUGUGUACUGCUGCUGUCUGCAUAGGACAGGCUCCUGGCCCUGCUAGGUGAGAGUAGAGCAAAGCACAGCACUGUGUGUGUGUUUAUUUGUGUGUGUUUGGCCUUGAAUGAGGCUAUAUGUGACCCUGACAGCCAGAGAGUCAUCCGUCCUGCUGCUGAUCUGCAAUCCGCCCACCUCCCCCCAGCGCCACCUCCCCUCAGCCUCCACCUCCCCAAAUUCUACACCUCCCCCCGGCCUCCACCUCAUCAUCAAUACAAGGACACUGGUCGAUAAGCUUCUGCUUUUUUAUCUUUCCCUUUUUCUAAACAGCCUGACCAGCCAUACUAAACGCGACAGAAGCCGUGUCACAGUUCUGGAUAUUUGGGGUGGUUUUGGGGUUUCUGUCUGAAGAAUGGAGUGACCAGCGCGAGCAAGACAGAGACAGACAGACUGACGGACAUAAGAAGAGGAAGCUGUCAUUGGAAGGCCUCUCUCUAGGACAAUGCCUGUCUGAACUACAUAUCUCAGCAUGACAGAGUGAGGUGCCCCAAUUUCCUAUUUUUUCGAUGACACAGAGCUGGCCUCUGCUCACCUCUAUCUCUGAGAAGUCAUCCCAUCGUCAGUGGAUCAGGGAUCUGCACCUUACCCAAGAAAACCCACUACUCCAGCCUCCAUACCCAGAAACUCGAAAAGUCAUUUCAAAGGACCAGCUUAUUCAUUGUAUCCAGUAUAACUAAGUAUUUUAUUUUAUUUCACACACUCAUCUCCUCUUGUCUUGUCAAGGAGUUUCCAAUUUAUUUCCGUCUGCAUCAGUGCUUUUUGUUUGUGCACUAAGUCCCGAUUGUGUCCAACCCUAGACCCUACUCCCUUAUCCACUUGCCCCCUCCUGUCCUGAGGGGCUGUAAUGGCAGUCAACAUGGGAAGUAUGGCCAUGGGCCGGGACACUAAGUGGUUGACCCUAGAGGUGUGUCGAGAGUUUCAGAGGGGUACCUGCUCUCGCUCAGACGCUGAGUGUAAGUUCGCCCACCCAGCCAGGAGCUGCCACGUGGACAAUGGCCGAGUCAUCGCCUGCUUCGACUCACUCAAGGGACGCUGCACGCGUGACAAUUGUAAGUACCUGCACCCCCCUCCCCACCUCAAGACCCAGCUGGAGAUCAACGGGAGAAACAACCUGAUCCAGCAGAAGACAGCAGCGGCCAUGUUGGCCCAACAGAUGCAGUUCAUGCUGCCAGGAGCCCAGUUGCAGCCCAUAGUGAAUAGCCCACACUACACAACUACGUUCCCUAUGACUCCCAGUAUGUCGUCCCUGGCCACCAGUCCCAGUAUGGCGUUCAGCCCGUAUCUGAGCCACAUGGGUCCAGGGAUGGGCCUGAUGCCUGAGCUGCUACACCAGGCCCCCCUGCUGGUCCCAGGGAGCCCCACCGGCCUCCAGGUCAUGGGCAACAGCAGCUCCCAGCAGAAACACAUGCGGACAGACAAGCUGGAGGUAUGUCGUGAGUUCCAGAGGGGUAACUGCACGCGGGGCGAGGGCGACUGCCGCUACGCCCACCCUAUGGAGGCAGCCAUGGUGGACGGCAGUGAAAACUCAGUCAUCGUCUGUAUGGACUACAUCAAGGGCCGCUGCUCCAGGGACAAGUGCAAGUACUUCCACCCCCCUGCCCACCUGCAGGCAAGGAUUAAGGCCGCCCAGCACCAGGCCAGCCAAACCGCCAACGCCAUGUACCCAUGAUGCACGGUGCCACCACCUCCACUGUUUCGUCGGCCUCGACCCCAGUCACCAAUGUUCCUUUCGCAGAAUCAGCCGCCUCCAAUCAGUAGACCCUUCAGAGGUUCUGAGUGCCGACCCAGUGGACCUUCAGUGCGUCCCCAUGGAAGCCCACUUCUGCCCUCUCCCCAAACUCCUGAUGGCUGCUCCGGUGGCGCUGAACCCAGUAACCCUCCCGUGAAACCCCAGUUAAAGCACCCGACAACACCAUCAAACCCUUAGUCAUCCCCAACCAACCAACCCUGCCCCAAAAAUACCACAGUCAACUAUUUGAAUGCAACAAACAUGUGCCUAACCUACAGUGCACCCCAAGUGAGAGGUAGUGUUAUCCUCAUUUAGGAGGUAUUCACAUAAUAAAAAAGUUGACAAGGUUUUAUUGACAUUUAUCACAGGCAAUACUAAAGCAUGGACCCAUUACUGUUGAUGUAAAGCCAGCCCAGACUGAUGCACAUUGACUUGAAGGAGCUGACUGAAGGAGAGGCUCCCCAGUUCUUACAGCCAUACACACCCACACCUUUAACACACAAACACACAUACACACUAAAAACAGCAAAUCCUCUUGGAGACUAAGCUGAGGAUAUGAGGCGUAAGGUCGUAUAAUCUUACACAGCUGACUGUUCCCCCAAAGUCAGACAGUCUGGAAAGAAAAUGAGUGAAAAGUCAGACAAGAAGAAAGAAGUAGUCUGCAGAGCUUGGAUCAUUCUAGAAGUAGUCUGCAGAGGUUGGAUCAUUUUAGAAGUAGUCUGCAGAGGUUGGAUCAUUUUAGAAGUAGUCUGCAGAGGUUGGAUCAUUUUAGAAGUAGUCUGCAGAGGUUGGAUCCUGUAGAUCAUUCUAGAAUGCAAUGUCGUUUUCUUCGUCUUUUCUUUUUCACUUCAAAGAAAUGUGUUGCGGCUCAUUUAAUGUUUACAGUACGUUUCAAGAUGGCUGAAGCUUAAAAGCAGUGUGUUAUUAUGUGAGCCAUUCCCUUAGUUCAGAGAGGCUAAGCUCCUAUGGUCCAAUUCAAAAAUCUCACCCAAGGUCUCAUAUCUGAUGUUUCUUCAUGUUCAUUUGUCUGUGCCUUUUGAGUUCCCAGCUAUGUAGAAGAUUUGAUGUCUUAUCCCAAAACAACUGAAGUCAAUGACUUAAAACCCAAAUAGCCUUGAUCUCAGACAAAGUAUAGAGAAGUGUUUCUAUUGACACACAAGUCUAUAGCUCCUCCUGUGUAUAUAUUGCCCGUCGAAAGGUCUCUGUUCAGGAGGACUAGGUCCUGUGACAAGCUCUCUUCAUGAAAUGAUUUUUGGGUCGUUACACGAAUAGAGUGCCUUUCAAUUGAACUGUUAGAUCACGUACAUCGAUGCUCUAACUAGUCUCGUUAAUCCCAGACCUAGGGCAACAGCACUGGGAAUCAUGAAAAAGGAAAUUGUCCUCUUCAGACAGACCAAUCACAAGUUUGGGUAGGCGGGGCUUAGAAUGCAGGCAGGAAUUGUGAAAAACUCUUACCAUGGCCUAUACAGCCAGACAUGCCAGAACUUCGCAAUUUGAAACCAAAGUUUGCAGGCAAAACCUUUGCAGUGGUUUUAGUGAAGGUAGUUGAUGCAAACUAACCACUUGUGAAAUACACUCAUUAAAAUAACCUCUGUGAGCUCCAACUUGUUAGCUACUAUUUUGGGCAACAAGCGAAUAAGGCAGUGACGUAAGAAAGAAGAAUAUCCCAACUCCACCUUUUACUCUAUGUCAAAUUGACGUUGUCUUAGUACAGACAUGUAUGCUGGAACAUUAGUGCGUUGUGGGAGGCGACCCAUCUGUCUAGACUCUAGACAGUGACUUAAAAUCUUCCUAGAAGUUGGACAAACAAGACAUGGGACAUGGCAAAAUKUGGAUUUUGAGAGAAAACAAAUAACUUAUUUGAAUGAAAAUUGUUUUGUUAAG